GCUACUUCUAUAGCUGUCUCGUAGCUGGCUCUCUUCACAUUUGUAUUUAAAAAAAAACUCCAUUUUCUCUCUCUCUCUCACUGAUAAUCUCUCUCUCUGCGAAAAUCUCUCUCACUUGUUAUGCUAAGCAGUUCAUUGGCUGCUAACCGGUGUUGCAGAGGAGUUGCGUGAGUUGGGGGAUUCGCGAAAUUGGAGCUGUAGGUGGACUUUCCGGCGCGGAGAUGAGCGCUUCUAGGUUUAUUAAGUGCGUGACGGUGGGCGACGGAGCUGUGGGGAAAACUUGCUUGCUCAUUUCUUACACUAGCAACACUUUUCCCACUGAUUAUGUCCCGACUGUUUUCGAUAAUUUCAGUGCCAAUGUCGUUGUGGACGGAAGCACUGUUAAUUUGGGAUUGUGGGAUACUGCUGGUCAAGAGGAUUACAACAGAUUGAGACCGUUGAGCUACCGUGGAGCUGAUGUCUUCAUACUCGCCUUCUCUCUUAUUAGCAAGGCCAGCUACGAGAAUGUCUCUAAGAAGUGGAUUCCUGAAUUAAGGCAUUAUGCACCUGGAGUUCCAAUAAUCCUUGUGGGGACAAAGCUUGAUCUUCGAGAGGAUAAGCAGUUCUUUGUGGACCACCCGGGAGCAGUGCCCAUUACGACAGCACAGGGAGAGGACUUGAAGAAAUCGAUUGGAGCUGCUGCUUACAUCGAAUGCAGUGCUAAGACACAACAGAAUGUGAAAGCUGUCUUCGAUGCAGCAAUCAAGGUUGUUCUGCAGCCACCCAAGCAAAAGAAGAAAAAGAAGAGAAAGGGCCAAAAGGCUUGCAGCAUAUUAUAAUUGGCAACGAGGAUCGAUCCUCUUGUUGUUUCAAAAGUGUACUACUCUACUCCUACUCUCCUUUAAAGAUGCAAAUGACGUGAGCUCUAUAUUCUUAACUUGACUGUAUUAGGGAGAUACCUUGAAGCAUCGACUAGUCGAUUUCACUUUCUUAGUUAAUAGUUUUUUCACAAUGUAUGUUUGUGAUUUGAGAUGUGUGGUAAUAUGAAAAAUUCCUCCGUUUUAGGCCCUGGAUUGAA